UUCUGGACUUUGGAGUACCUGAUGGCCCUUGUAGAUGCUGAGAUCCAGGACUUGCCACGCUAACCAGGACCGGAAGCAGCAUCUGGCCCAGCGGCUGAGGUUUUCAGCGGCCCGGCUAUGCACAGCUGAGUGGGCGAGCAAGAGACGGUCCUUCAGUGCCCUUUGGGUCGGUGCGCCUCUUUUCUUCUAGGUUGUGCCCAGCCAGCCGAUCAAAAUAGAGUCCUUCAAGGUGAAAGUUGACUUUCUGAAGGUGCCCCUCGGCCUAAAGAAGCCGACUCUGAAGGAGGCUGCGGCUGCCUUGGUGGCUGUCCCAGGGCCCGCCAGAUCCAAGUCCAUCAACGUGGAUCGCUACAAGGGUCGGCGUUCGGACAACAUGGACAACGAAUCGCAAUAUUCAGGGUACUCUUAUAAAUCGGGGCACUCGCGCAGCUCCCGGAAGCCCAGAGACCGCCGAGAGCGGCAUCGCUCCAAGAGUCGAGAUGGGAGCCGGGGAGACAAGUCGGUCACCAUCCAGGCUCCCGGAGAGCCCCUGCUGGACAACGAAUCGACCCGAGGGGACGAAAGGGACGACAACUGGGGCGAGACGACCACGGUGGUGACCGGCACAUCGGAGCACAGCAUUUCCCACGAUGACAUCACGCGCAUCACCAAGGACAUGGAGGACAGCGCCCACCUGGACUGCUCCCGCCACCUGGGGGUCUCGCUGGCGGGGGCCCUGGCCCUGCUCUCCUUCCUGACCCCCAUCGCCUUCAUGCUGCUGCCCCAGCUGCUGUGGGGGGAGCAGCUGAGCCCCUGCGGGACCCCCUGCGAGGGCCUCUUCAUCUCGGUGGCCUUCAAGCUGCUGAUCCUCCUGCUGGGCAGCUGGGCCCUCUUCUUCCGCCGCCCCAAGGCCUUCCUGCCCCGCAUCUUCGUCUUCCGGGCCCUCCUGAUGGUGCUGGUCUUCCUCCUGGUGGCCUCCUACUGGCUCUUCUACGGCGUCCGCAUCCUGGAUUCCCGCGACACCAACUACCAGGGCAUCGUCCAGUACGCCGUCUCGCUGGUGGACGCCCUGCUCUUCGUCCACUACUUGGCUGUAGUCUUGCUGGAACUGCGCCAGCUGCAGCCCCACUUCACUCUCAAGGUGGUGCGCUCCACCGACGGGGCCAGCCGCUUCUACAACGUGGGGCACCUCAGAAAACACAACCAACAACUCCACCAGCCAAUCGCGGGCUGUUAUUGCCGCAGCUGCCCGGAGGCGGGACAACAGCCACAACGAGUACUACUACGAGGAAGCAGAACACGAGCGCCGGGUGCGAAAGAGGAGAGCCAGGUUGGUGGUGGCUGUGGAAGAGGCCUUCACACACAUCAAGCGGCUCCAGGAGGAGGACCAGAAGAACCCCCGGGAGAUCAUGGACCCCAGGGAGGCCGCCCAGGCCAUCUUCGCCUCCAUGGCCCGAGCCAUGCAGAAGUACCUGCGCACCACCAAACAGCAGCCCUACCACACGAUGGAGAGCAUCCUUCAGCACCUGGAGUUCUGCAUCACUCACGACAUGACGCCCAAG